AUGGUCAACAUGCCUAAAACUGGAAGGACUUUCUGUAAGAAAUGUGGCAAGCAUCAACCUCACAAAGUGACCCAGUACAAGAAGGGCAAGUAUUCCCUGUAUGCCCAAGGAAAGUGGCACGACGAUUGGAAGCAGAGUGGUUACGGUGGGCAGACAAAGCCAAUUUUCCGAAAGAAGGCCAAAACCACAAAGAAGAUUGUGCUGAGGCUUGAGUGUGGGGAGCCCAACUGCAGAUCGAAGAGGAUGCUGGCCAUUAAGAGGUGCAAGCAUUUUGAACUGGGAGGAGACAAGAAGAGAAAGGGCCAAGUAAUCCAGUUCUAAAACUUGUGU